UAUAAAAUUGGGUACUUCAAUCGUAUACUUAGCAUUAAAAUGUCUGCAGCUGGAGGAAUCCUCUCCGGUGAGGUUAUAAAGGAGUAUCCCGGAAAACUUACUCCCUUUGUCUCCGUAACAUGCAUCGUCGCUGCCAUGGGUGGUCUCGCUUUUGGUUAUGAUAUCGGAAUUUCAGGCGGGGUGACAUCCAUGGACUCUUUUCUGGAGAAGUUCUUUAAGGAUGUUUACGAGACAAAGAAUCGGAUUUCAACCAAAAACCAGUACUGCCAAUACGACAGUGCUAGUUUGACGAUGUUCACGUCCUCGCUCUACUUAGCGGCGCUGGUCGCCUCGCUCGUCGCGUCAACUGUGACGCGUAAGUUUGGCCGGAGAUCUUCCAUGCUCUUAGGCGGCGUGUUGUUCUGUGUCGGCGCGAUCGUUAAUAGCUUCGCCACAGCCUUUUGGAUGCUCAUUCUCGGCCGCCUUUUACUUGGCUUUGGUAUCGGAUUUACAAAUCAGUCUUUGCCACUCUAUCUUUCUGAAAUGGCUCCCUAUAGAAACAGAGGCGGUUUGAACUUCUUCUUCCAAUUAUUCAUCACAAUCGGCAUCCUUAUAGCCAAUGUUGUUAACUAUUUCUCUGCCAAGAUUAAGGGUGGGUGGGGAUGGCGAUUGAGUUUAGGGGGAGCCAUAGUCCCAGCUCUGAUUAUCAUCAUUGGCUCAGUCCUCCUUCCGGACACCCCCAAUUCAAUGAUUGAAAGAGGACAGCAUCCCCAUGAGGAAGCCAAGAACAGACUCAGAAGAGUUCGUGGUGUUGAAGAUGUGGAAGAAGAGUUUCAGGAUUUAGUUGCAGCCAGUGAAACCUCAAAACGAGUCAAACAUCAAUGGAGAAACUUGCUGCACAGGAAAUACAGACCCCACCUCUCUAUGGCCCUACUAAUUCCUUUCUUCCAGCAACUCACCGGCAUCAAUGUCAUCCUUUUCUACAGUCCCCUCCUUUUCAACUCUAUCGGCUUUGAAUCGGAUGCUUCUAUGAUGUCCGCCCUAAUCACUGGCACCUGGAAUGUGCUUGCCACUGUUGUUUCGAUUUACGGCAUCGAUAAGUGGGGACGGAGGUACCUUUUUUUCGAGGGAGGCAUUCAAAUGUUGAUUUGUCAGACGAUUAUAGCAGGGGCGAUUGGAGCAAAAUUUGGAGUGAAUGGCAUGGUAGAACAGUUGCCAAAGUGGUACGCAAUUGUAGUUGUGCUUUUCAUAGGCAAUUAUGUUGCAGGUUUCGCUUGGUCUUGGGGGCCUCUGGGUUGGCUUGUUCCCAGUGAGAUCUUGCCAUUGGAAAUACGAUCAGCGGCUCAAAGUGUGAAUGUAUCUGCAAACAUGUUCUUCACAUUUGCAAAUGCGCAAGUUUUCUUGACGAUGCUGUGCCACAUGAAGUUUGGAGUCUUCAUUUUCUUUGGGUUAUGGGUUUGUGUGAUGACCCUUUUCAUCUACUUCUUCCUCCCUGAAACCAAAGGCAUCCCAAUUGAAGAAAUGCCCAAAGUGUGGAAGAGCCAUUGGUAUUGGUCAAGAUUUGUGACUCAUAAUCAUCACCAAAUUGGAGGCCUAGAGAUGGGUGAAGGACGGCAACAAGUAAUUUCAACUGUCACACCAUCAUUGGAUGUGAUUUAUGAGAUUAGAACAUAUUAAUUCCCCAAGAACAACAAUCAAGUUAAUC